AUGAAAUCGGAAGAUCUUUUCGAUCCAUGGGAUUUAUAUCGUCUUAAUGAUUUCGCCAAAGUUCUUCGUACUCUUUCAAAAUUAAAUUUCAAAUUUUUUACUUCUAAAUGCCUUUCAGCUUUAUUUUUCAGGGGUUUUCCGUCUCGAUCAUUAUCGACAUCAUCGAUUGAUUAUUGUAACGACGAAGCUAUUUACCGAAAUUUGCGAGAUGACGCUGAAGAUAAUGAGCCUGUUGUUGAAAAUUGUUACGAUAUAGGUACAGCAGAAGAAGAAAAAGCUCAUGGUCGAAUCUAUGAUACAAUUGUUUGCCAGCGUUCUAGUGGACAACGAGGAAUUAAGGCUUCUGAGAGCGAUAAAUGGACGAAUUUCAAACCGGAAACACGUCGUGAGCAUUGUAUCAAAGAACUUUAUGAUACAGAGUCGAAUUAUGUAGAAAAAGCUUUGGAUAUGAUAAUUAACAAAUUUUAUACUCCACUGGAAAAAGUUUUAUCUCCUAGUGAUCACAAGAUUAUUUUUUUGAAUAUCGUGGAAUUGGCCUGUAUACAUCGAUCGUUUCGUGAUCAUCUUCGACAGGCAGUGUUUUAUACAAUUGGUUUGGAAACUCCAUCAGCAAAUGAGAAGACAAUCACUAUUGGUGAUGUUUUUUUAGCGUGGAAAGAAAAGUUCGUUGCCUAUGGCCAAUAUUGUUCUAGACUUUCAGAUUCUCGCUCAAAAAUUUGUCAGCUUGAGAAAUCUGAUCCUUUUGUUCGUCAGAAAAUUGUUGAUUGUGGACUCGAAGCUAAUCGAAAUCAAUUUCAUUUGCAUGAUCUUUUGAGUAUUCCUAUGCAAAGGGUGCUGAAAUAUCAUGUUUUAUUAUCAGAAAUGAUUAAGUUAACAUCUGUUGAGUCGCCCGAUCGUUUAUCAUUAGAAGAAGCAAAGGAAGCUAUGCAAGAUAUAAAUGUUUAUGUUAACGAAAUGAAGCGUGAUUAUGAAAUGCAGCAGCUCGUUUAUUCGAUUGAAAAAAGUAUUCCGGAUCUCGAAAUGCCCGAUGGAAUUCAUUUAAUUGAUUAUGGUCGACUGGUGAAAGAUGGUGAAAUAAAAAUUGCCGACUUUAAUAAGGAUGGUAAUAAGUUGAAGAACCGAUAUGUUUUUGUUUUCGAUAAAGUAAUGCUGAUUUGCAAAAGCUUACGAGGCAAUCAAUAUUCGUAUAAAAGUGCUCAUAUUUUGCGGGAUUAUCGAAUUGAUGUGGAUCUCGAUAGUAAUAAAUUUGGAACAAUAACGAGAAAGUUGACAGUAAAUGGUGGUCAUUAUUUUUCUCUUAUACAAGAAGGUGGUGAAAAUACGACGAAUGUACUGAAUAUAUGUUGUAAAACAUUAUUGCAACGUGACACAUGGGUGCAGAAUUUUGAACUGGCACAGGACAAUGAUAAGCCAAAAGAUAUGGAAAAUUCGGGACAUAUUUUAUUAUACCAAUCGUAUGACAAAGCAACCAUCUGUUCUCAUUGUCAGAAACUUUUGGCUGGAUUAUUUUUUCAAGGAUAUCGUUGUACAGGUAAAAAUUUAAAUUGCCAUAAGAAAUAA